AUGUUGUCAAGAAAGAAAACAGCCAAAUCUGUACGUGCAUACCAGAAUAACGCUAUUAAAAAAGACCCAACUGGAGGACACACAACAAUCAAGGCGCUUCUUUAUGAAGAGAUUAAGAAAAUACCAGAAUGGGAGGGCGAAGAAAAAAGUGCAAGGAAAACUAUUAGAGAGUACCUUUAUCAAUAUAUUCUAGAGAGAGACAUUGAUGACUCAGAUUUAGAAGAUACAAUAAAUACAGCAGGAAUGACGAUUGAAGAGCAAGAUGAAGAACUUGGUGCUCUUAUAGCAAUUGAUGAGAAGGAAUUAGACUAUAUAUCACUCCUAAAAGUCAAAGUAGACAACCCAAAGAUCGUUGAUUUUAUAUCUAAAGAUUUCGAUGACAUUAUCGAAAGGCUCAACAAACUCGGUCAGAAGUUAUCAAUUGAAUCACAUAUGAAUUCUUAUGUAACCGGAUUGCAACGAUUAAAAUUUGCAUUCAAGAACACCGUUCCAGCAGUUGGAAGUCGUAAGGUUCAUUUUGUUGAAAACGAUGAUCGUUUUAAUCAAAUCGAUGAUGCAUCACGUGAUCUAAUGGAAAAUUAUGUAAAGAAGGUUCCAUUAUCUUUUACAUUUCCAGGAAUGGUUGACGGAAAAGCAUAUAUUAUCGCCACAGUAAAUCUGCCGAGGGGAACAUUGGUUCAUAACUUGCCAGCUGAGUUUAAGAAUUUUCCAGUGCUGAUUGAUUAUGGAACUAUGAGAGCAUCAACAGCUAGUGAUGAAUAUCGCAAAUAUCAAAAUCUCAAGCCAGGGAUUAGUGCUCCGGGAGACUCUGGUGCUCCAGUCUUCGAUCAAGAUGGUCUCCUUUGGGGAAUUUAUCAAUAUACCUCAGAAAGCGUAAGUUCGUCUGGUGUUGUACCUAUUGAUCUAAUUUUAGAAAGAAUCUACGACAGAGAAAAUAUAGAAUUUGAGUUAUUUACGAGUGAAGAAAAUAAUAUUUACCACGUAAAAAUUCAAUAG